AUGGCUCCGGUAUCGGCUUUAGCGAAAUACAAGCUGGUGUUUUUGGGAGACCAGUUCGUCGGCAAAACCAAUAUCAUCACUCGCUUCAUGUACAACAAGUUCGACAACACCUAUCAGGCUACCAUUGGUAUCGAUUUCUUGUCAAAGACUAUGUACCUUGAAGAUCGAACUGUUCGAUUGCAGCUUUGGGAUACAGCUAGACAAGAAAGGUUCAGGAGUCUCAUUCCGAGCUAUAUUAGGGAUUCCUUUGUGGCAGUCAUUGUGUAUGACGUUGCAAGCAGACAAUCCUUCUUAAAUACUUCCAAAUGGAUUGAAGAGGUUCGCAUAGAUCAAGGCAGUGAUGUUAUCAUUGUACUUGUUGGCAACAAAACAGAUCUAGUGGAGAAAAGGCAAGUUUCUAUAGAGGAAGGAGAAGCCAAAGCUCGUGACCUGAAUGUUAUUUUUAUUGAAACUAGUGCCAAGGUCGGCUUUAAUAUUAAGUUUCUUUCUUGUUGUCUGGCACUAUUUCGGAAGAUUGCAGCAGCCUUACCUGGAAUGGAAACACUUUCCUCGACCAAGCAAGAAGACAUGGUUGAUGUUAAUCUUAAGUCUAGCAAUGCAGCUGCAACGCAGUGCCAACCACAGUCAGGAGGAUGUGCAUGUUUAUACAUGCUAUGGACCUAUGAUCCAACUUCUUUGCGCCAUCCAUAAUGUCUUAUGAAUCAUAUCAUGUGUCUGUAAAGUCCUCGUUGUCCUCUUUUUGUAGCUUUGUACCUAUUUUUGGUUGCUA